ACUUCCCACUUGUAACUUACAGUAAACAUGGCCAUUGAUCUAACACAUAUAGUCGUCCCGUGUGAGAUCUAAUGAGCACAAAGACAGUAGUUGAGUGUGCAUGUGAUUGGCUGGGAGGUUUUAUGGCCCAGUAAUGUGUGUCUACAAGGAAGUGAAAGUAUUAUAGCUGUUUUGUUAGCCUUUUACAAGUUACGACUGGACUUUGGUUUUACUUUUAUUUUCUGAAAACUAAGGUGAUACUGGCACAGCUGCAGAGUCUUACAACGGAGAUGACACAUUAACUCCUCUGUACAGUUUGCAGCUGUAGUGUGGCAACUGCUGCUUCUUAACAGGAGAAAGGCUGACUACUGGAUCAGGACUUUUGGACUUUUUCUGUCUUGCCCACCUGUAUUCUCUCACUCUUUUGGAGUUAAUAAUUGAACUUUUGAUGGGGGAAAAUCUCCUGAGGGUGCCAGGAGGAGCCCAGCUCCACAGUAACAGUUUGAUUAGACCAGUACCUCAGUACCAGACCCUCAGGGUUAAGAUGGUACUUCUGGGGAGCUCUGGUGUGGGAAAGUCCAGUCUGGCACUACGAUUUGGCAAGGAUGAGUUCCGGCGUACAUCACCUACAGUAGGCUGUGCCUACCUGACCCGGGUGGUGCAUCUCAGAGAUGUCACUCUUCGUUUUGAGAUAUGGGACACAGCAGGGCAGGAAAAAUACCACAGUGUCACACCACUUUACUACAGAGGAGCCCAUGCUGCACUCUUGGUCUAUGAUAUCAGCAAAAAGGAAACAUUUAUCAGAGCUCAAUUGUGGCUCAAAGAGCUUGAGAAACAGUACACCCCAGGAUCUACUGUCAUAUGGCUGGUAGGCAACAAGGGAGAUCUGGCACAGGAUCGACAAGUCUCAGUGCAGGAAGGACAGACUCUGUCCAAUGACAGGGGCUUAUUCUUUACAGAGACAUCAGCCCUGUCAGGGGAACAAAUCAGCGAGUUGCUGGUAGCUGUAGCCCACAGAGUGUACGAGUGUGUUGGAGCGCAGCAGGGAGGUCUACCAGAGUGGCAGGAAACACCACUUGUGGAUCUGCGUCACAGAGACACACUCAAUCCUUUUGCAUCCUGCUGCAAAGUAGGACCCUAACCUCUGUUACUGGCAAUUGUAUCGCUGCCUUUCCGUGUUUCUCUGUCUGUCGUCAUAAUUUUAAAGCUGCAGGUAACAUGGGAUCAAAACGUUUCAAAUUGAAUAAACAUCACGAAUAUGUGGUU